GUUCGACCAAUCACAGAGCAGGAGGCGGGACUUAGAUGCAAAACAGCGGAAGCAGAGAAAUCACGGGGACGCGAAGAAACAAACGAGUAAACACGAUCUGAGUUCUCUGCUGUCUGUCCGCGGCUGGCUGCGGGGUUUCCGUCACUUUCACGCAAUAAAGUUACGUUUCCGACCAAAACACGUGUUUCCCGGCGGACUCCGUCGUGUUAGCGUCGAUUCUUCUUAUUGUGCUUUUAAAAUACAGAGUUUCACAUUCACCUGCAGCGGAAACCAGAGUUUCCAGACCAUGGCAUUCGAGCUACAGCGCCCCCACGUGGCUGUGGCCUGCCUCCUCGUCAUGCACUACCUGGCCGGGGUCCUCUCCAUCCCGGACCCCAGAAAGCGGGAGGCCCUCAUCCAGCAGGAGGCCUCUAUGCAGACGGGUGGGCAGGUGGUGCUGAGCGAUGCUGAGCAGCGUCUUGAUUCGCUGCUGUUCAAGAUGAAGCAGAGGGAGGUUCUGGGAGCAGAGUUCCCCCCCGCCCUGCACUUCUUCAAGGCCCGAGACCUCAUCAGGACCAGUCCCAUCUUCAGCCUACUGCAGAAGAUGCCUAAAGGGGGCGCUCUGCACGUCCAUGACUUCUCCAUGACUGAUCCAGAGUGGCUGGUAAAGAACGCAACCUAUCGGCCCCACUGCUACAUGUGCUUCACCGACAAACACUCCAUCAGGUUCAUCUUCUCGCCCCAAUGGCCCGAACCUCUGCCGCGCUGCUCCGACUGGAACCUGCUGGAAAACCUCAGGGCCAAGACCAUCAACACCACAGAGCUGGACGACAGCAUCCUGCGUAACCUGACGAUCUUCACGGAUCAGGAUCCAGAAACUGCUUACCCCAGUCAGGACGUGGUAUGGGACGUGUUUGAACAGAGCUUCUAUGCACUGUGGGGUCUGGUCACGUACGCUCCCGUGUUCAGAGACUAUUACUACCAAGGCCUGACUGAGUUCUACAUGGACAACGUCAUGUAUUUGGAACUACGGGCAUUACUCCCAGAGAUAUACGAACUGGACGGCAGCACUCACGACGCAGCCUGGACUCUGAAGACCUACCAGGACGUCACCAGACAGUUCACAGACGACCACCCAGACUUCUAUGGAGCGAGAAUCAUCUUCACAAUCCACAGGGGAGUGAAUAUCUCCAGGAUGAACGGAGUCGUGGAGACGGCCAUGAAGCUACAGAAAGACUUCCCAGACAUCAUGGCUGGUUUUGACCUGGUGGGCCGCGAGGACCUGGGCAGACCGCUGUGGUACUUCAGAGAGGCCUUAUCACUGCCGACAGACAGGGGGGUCACGCUUCCUUUCUUUUUCCACGCUGGAGAGACGGACCUCGAGGGCACGGAGGUCGACCAGAACCUGUUGGAUGCUCUUUUGUUUAACACCUCACGCAUUGGCCAUGGUUUUGCUCUGCCACGCCAUCCAGUGGCCAAAGAGAUAUCCAGGAACAGAGGAGUGGCUGUGGAAGUUUGCCCCAUCUCCAACCAGGUGAUGAUGUUGGUGAAAGAUUUGCGAAACCAUCCAGCAGCUGCUCUGAUGUCAGAGAACCACCCGGUGGUCAUCAGUUCUGACGACCCCGGCAUGUUCGGUGCCUCCGGCCUCUCGUACGACUUCUACGAAGCUUUUGUGGGCUUCGGUGGGCUGAGGUCCCACUUAGGUUCCCUCAAACAGCUGGCAAUAAACUCUAUUAGGUACAGUUCUUUGACUCCAAAUCAACAGGAGAAAGCUCUGGAUCUGUGGCAGAGGAAAUGGGAUAAGUUUGUCUCGGAAAAUUCCUUUUGAUAAGAGAAAACCUUUUUAAGCUUUUUUUAUUGUCAAAUUAUUUCAGGCAUCCUUUGAGAAAGGAAAAUGCCUUUUAGCUCAGGUUAUAAAUGGUCUGUGAACUGUGCCGGUUUGUGUUUGGAACAAAUGUGAAACAUUUUAACACUUUACAGUUGGAAAAGCAUAAAUAAUAUGAAAUAAUAGUUAAAUCAAUCAAGAUUUAAGACAGGGCGUCGAGGGCGAUAACUUCUACUACAUAAAUGAAAUUGCUUUAAUCAGAGGGAAUCUUGUUGUUUUGGGUUUAAUUCAGAAUUUAAUUCAACACUUUUGUCUUUGCACUUUAAGAUUCAUGUUUCUGGUCAAAUUGCUGAAUACUGUUUGAUUUGUCUUUGUGGUUUGCUUCUGCUUUGUAAUGUCGAGUUCACGCUACACGAGACAAAGCCCAAUUCUUCAUUUGCAGACAAAAGCUCCUGGUUGCAGCUAAACAGACGUUGGAUCAGCAGUUGUGUAGUGUGAACCUAGAAUACGAGUGUACUAGGUAGUUUAUUGAAAUGGGUGUUAAAUCCUGUGGGCUUUGAAAAUAAUUCUGAAAAGGACAGUGUUUUUUAUUUGAUAGGACAGAGAGAAUGGAGGAAGACGUGUAGCAAAUGGUCUCAGGCUGGAAUCAGCCCUGGGCUGCUGCAGAGGCUUGUAGCCUCAUGGGGCGGCAGCUCUACCAGAUGGGCUAUACACAGCCCCCCCAAUAUUUUUUAUAUUCAAUUUUUAUGUGAAUGUUUUUUUUUCUCAUGGGUUUAUGAAAGGGACUUGGCUUAUGUCAAAGCCGGCCUCAGCCCUUUCUCCCCAAGGUACGGUGAGCUCGAUGAGGAGUACUGGGCGGAGGGUCGUGGUUGUGUUCUUGCUUGGUAACUUGAGCUGCUGAGAUCGACUCAUGUUCCACUCACGGUCAGAGGAAAAGAGUCUUGGUCUUACUCUUGGCUCGGGUGCUUCUCCACAUCGUCCAUCAUCGGCUGCAGGUGUUGAAAUAAGAGAAGAAGCUGUCGUCGAUGCGUCCUCUUUCAAUGUCCGGUUUCCUUAGAAUGAAAGUUUAGAGACACAGUGAGACAGUACGCUCUGUGUGGAGUUAAAUGAAGAAGUCAAAGUGUUUUCUAAAUGUUACUGACUGUUGUCUGUGUGUUUCAGCCAUUUGGAUGUUGGUGCUCUGUAGUUGUUGUCUCAUCUGCUUGUUCAUUUUCGCCUGCUGCCUCUCUAUGAGCAGAGCAGAGCGAGCAGAGGCCAAGUUGUUGCGAUGCUGUAGCUCCUCCUCGCGCUUCCUCUCCAAUUCUAUCCUCUACAGACGCACAGUGAACAAACAUGUCAGGAUCUUACAGACUGAUUUUAUAAAUAAAUGAUCAUAAAAAGCA